GUGUUUUGGCGUAUUAAAGGAAGUCGUUUUGCUGUUUAUUCAACACUGUGGAAAAUAAGUAAAGACACCGAAAAAUAUAAAAUAAAGUCUCCUGAACGACAGGAGAUAACGCUUAUUUUAAUGCAAGUGCCUGAGUUAAGCCCAAGUGUGAUUUCCCCCAUUUGGAAACACAUGUUGAACGGUGAUUCUCGCAAACGCCACCAUUUUUAUCUGGCUUUUAAAAGCUGUAGACCAGAGCAAUCAUUACAAACGCAACAUUCCAUGGAGUAACAACCUGAAAUUGUUUUUCGGCAGCAACUGACACAGAAAGAAAGUAGUCUAAACACUUGCUAUAAAUCCCACACACAUUUGUAUUUUACACACCCGCCCCCGCCCGCCAUCGCCGUUUGUGCUCAGGUAUCACAACAACUAAAGCAAUGCCUUCCCUGCCCACAGGACAUUCAUAGACGAAUGAACUGGAGAGCAGAGCCAACCACUACAAAGAGAACAUCAAUGAAAAUAGAAACACACUGGCGUGGUGCCACGUUUAAAUAUCAUAUCACGCAUUAAAUUUAAAAUAGAAAUUUCACAACUAUUUGUGUGUGUUGUAUACAGUUGUUUUGUAGACGUCACCGGAGCCAACAGAGAUCGUUGUCAUAAUCGUUAUUGUCGCCCCACCGAAGCCAGACAAUAAUUAAUCAAUAUGCUGUCCCGUUUUCGCGAUUUCUUAACGCGACAUCGCCGUAAAUUUAUUGUCACCGGUAUUGUGGUUGGAGGAACAGUUUUCAUCUUCAAAUAUGCUCAAAAGAAACUCAUCGAAAUGCAGGAGAAGCAGGCUAGAGAUUUUUUGGACAAAAGUCGUCGCAUGCAACAUUUCGAGUCCACAGAGAGAACCUGCAAUCAGGUCAUAUUGGGUAUGGGUGCUGAACUCAUACAGGCCAUAAUCCACGAAUGCAGCACAGAUGAUCUCCUGCAACAGCUAAGAGAAAAUCCGGCAAAUAAAUUACAGUUGUGGGAAGAAAUGAAAAUCGAAUCCUUCACCCGUCUGACCACUUUCAUAUAUGCAUCUUCAAUGUUGGUGGUUGCUCUGAGGGUGCAACUGAAUGUCUUGGGUGGUUAUUUGUAUCACGACACAACGAACGGCAACGAUGCAAAAGCAAAUAAUAGCAAAUAUCCCAGAAUUAACGAUGACCUGAAGCAACAGUAUCUCUCUUUGAUACGCUAUUUUAUUCAAGAAGGUGGCCUCUCUGAGCUGGUGCGUUUGGUGCGUUCUAAAGUCAAUGUGGUAAUGCGGCAACUGCCUUUGACCAAAAAAUUAAGUCUGGCCGAUACAGAACAACUCUUCUGGUCUCUACAAAUGGCCAUUAACAGCGACCCCUCAACUGAUCCCUGUUCGAAAAUGUGUAAAUACCUGUUGCCCUCCCAGUUGCCGGACUACGCAAGUGGGGGACCUUUGCUGCAGAAAAUGUUCAGUGAAACUUUGGAUCUGUUGGAAAGUGAUGAUGCCAGCAGUGUUUGUUCCAAUAACAUAUGUAGGGGCUUCUCCUUGGCCGUCGAUGCUAUAGCCGAAAACUACAAAGACAAUUUAACCCCCAACAACACAAGCCAACCAGUCUCAACAAGCCAAAAAAGUGACUUUGCCAACAUUAACAGUGUCCAAAUACCCCUGGCCCGAGUCAUACCCAUUGUAAGUGGCCUAACCUCGAAAGGAGUGGACAGCAAUACUCGUCCACAGAACCUAGCUACUUCUCUGCUUACAUUUUAUGUGAUCUCGGAGAAGUCCAAAGUUUUAGGUGCCAAUGUUUACGAAACCUUCUCCUCAGUAGCAGCGUGAACGGAGUAGGGCAACAAAUCGAAAUUAAAACGUUUUUUAGCUUUACCAUAUAAAUCGAGAAUGAAGGAAUAUUUUGUAUUGUUUUAAUUGCGCUUUUGGGUUUGUAAUAGUGCUGAUGUAAUAUAAAAUUUUCACAGAGAUUUAUUAUGUUAAACUCGUAUAUUUAUGACGGCAAUAGACAUGUCUUAGUUCUUAACAUUGUAUUUAAAAUGUCUUAAAUAUGGGUUUUAACAUAAAACAGAAAAGGCUUUUGCCAUGUACUACCUACCAUUCCUUUAUUUAUCCUUAAUAAUUUCCUCAAACCGAAGCACAUUUUACAUACAUAACAAUAGCAAGAAAACAAAUCUGUACAAAAGUAAAUAUAAAAAUAUGGAGAUUGGAUAAUCUAA